ACGCAAAUGUUGAGAGAAUGGAGUCCGAUCUUGAGAACGAGAUUAAUGCCAUGACUUCGACAUCGUCACCGGACGGAGAAAGUUCUUUCAAUGACGUCGAAGGUUGGUCUGUGAGUCGCAUUGAAAACAGCUCUUUAGUACGUUCCAUAUACGGUCUUAUCGCCAUCAUUGGGAUGAGCGGCAACGCGCUCGUCUGCUUCGUCCUCUUGCGCGUCCCGUCGUUGCGUACGCGCACGAGCCAAUUCAUCGUCCAUCUCGCCGUGACCGAUUUUAUGACGUCAUUUUGGGUGAUACCAUUCCAUCUUUUCCCGUUCACGCCACCCAUCCCCGAGGGUUUUGCCGGGGAGCUCAUGUGCCGAUUCUAUGUCUCUAAAUACCUUAUGUGGGUCACUGUGUUUGCCUCCGUGUACAGUCUUGUCUCAAUCACUCUCGAGCGCUACUUCGCCAUCGUUCACCCCAUCAAGUACAAGACAACUUUCUCCUUCAAGUAUUCCAUCGUCAUCAUGAUCGGAUGCUGGUUGGUGGGGGCGAUAUCUAACUCGUUUUUCUUCUACGUCUACGAUUUCCAGGAUGGGGCAUGCCAUUUCGUGCCCUACCCAACUGAUUAUCUUAAAAAGGUGAUAGGGGUAUAUAUUUUCUUAUUGAUCUACUUCAUUCCCAUCACACUGAAUCUACUUUGCCACGCAAAGAUGAUACGAUCGCUGAGACAGCAAGCUAAAACCCUGGACGGAAAUAUGUUUCAAGGUAACGAUGGUAACGGUCUCAAACGAAACGAAGCUUGGCAACUCAAGAUCGCACAAGACGUUCAGCGAAUGCUUCUCGUCGUCGUAGUCACCUUCAUGAUCUGCUGGGCGCCAAACCAGUUCAUCUUCUUAGCUUUCAACCUCGGUGCCAACGUCGACUUCGCCUCCUGGUAUUACCACUUCUCCGUCAUCCUUGCCAUUUGCAACUCGUGCAUGAAUCCUUUUAUCUACGUGUUCAAACAUAAGGAGUUCAGACACGGCAUCGCCAAGGCGGCUGGAUGCGAGAAAGCGGUUCGACGGUUUGCUAACCGAGUCCAGCCGGCUGAGGUAGGAGUUGAAACCGGGACUGCAGGAAGCACCGAUAAGACUGCAGUCACAGCUCGAAAUACGGCGAGCUCUCGAGUAGCAUUCAACUCGAGCAACUCGUGAAUGCGCAAUCCGAAAAAAAAAUAAUUAAAGGCAUAAGUUAAUACUGAUCUGAGCUACAAGGUCCCACUUGUCACCUGUGUCUGUUAUUUUAUAAAAAAAAUAAAG